UCUACACUUUCAACUAUCUUGCGCAACUUUGACUCUCUAUUCCACAAUUACGAACCUAAUGCGCAUCCAACGCUUCUCCACAGUCCUCCGCACUGUCACCUCCUUCAAAUACCGGCCCACACCCCUCAUCACGAAAGCCACCUCUCAACAUCCGAGCAAUCCAUCCUUCCCAAUCUCAAAACCCACUACACUCAAAGCCGCCCCAGGAUUCCUCCCAUUCCUAAGCUCUUUCUUCACGACAACCGCUAAACCCGAAACUGACAACAAUAACAACAUGUCCUACCCCGACCAGCGCAGCGCCGAAGAUUGGCGCGCCGUCCUAAGCCCAGAACAAUUUCGCAUUCUCCGUGAAAAGGGCACCGAGCGUCCCGGCACUGGCGAGUACGACUCCCAUUAUCCCUCCGAAGGUGUGUAUAACUGUGCAGGGUGCAAUGCCCCGCUAUACAAAGCGACACACAAAUUCAAGUCCGGCUGCGGCUGGCCCGCAUAUUUUGAUUCUAUCCCUGGUGCUGUGACGAGGCAUACGGACAAUACUUUUGGGAUGCAGCGGACGGAGAUCGUGUGCAGCAACUGUGGGGGUCAUCUGGGGCAUGUUUUUAAGGGGGAGGGGUUUCCGACGCCGACGGAUGAGAGGCACUGUGUUAAUAGUGUUAGUCUGAGGUUUCAGGAGGGGGAAGAGGGUGUGAAGGCGAAGGCGUAAUUGGGGACUGGGUUGAUUGAUUUCUAGGUGUAUCUUGGUAGUACUGUGGUAGGCGUGGGUAGGUGUAUAUUUAUUGAGCUGGUUUGGCUCUGGGGGGUAUACUGCGCUGCCGGUUUUAAAAUUAGAGAGGGUGUUGUUGUCGGAGCUUUAAGAAUGUAUGUAGGUACGUAUAAUUAUCAAUGAGUGAGUGUUGGCUUUAACAAUAAUCAUCAGACUCAGUUCACAUAUCCACUUUAAGUCUGUCUAGAUUUUUAUUUCUCUCUUGGUCGAGGUCUUCUGAUAGGAACUUGGAGCUUCUUUUUCAGAGUGGGGCAGUCAUGACACUGCCCGGAUAUAUAGAUCAUGAUAUAUAGAUCAGGAAGAGCGAUGAAUGCGAUUGUAAUAAAUGUGAUCAAAUGCGACGGGAAAGUAGCAUCAUCGGAUGAGGCUGCUAAGGCGAGAC